AUUUCGGCACUUCGGUCGCGUGACGGCGGCGUUACGCGUAUUGAAGAAUUUUUCUGAUACGCGUUCCCGUGAUUGUCCGGCACAUUUGUUAUGUUUUCUGAGGGGCUAAGCGAAAAGUGAAGAUUAAUACACGCACACACUGACACACGCAGCUGCGUUAAAAUGGCCGACAGCAAUGACUACGACGGCUAUUACAACAACAAGGAGGAAUCCUAUAGGGUAUUCUUCUGGAACGAAUUAAUACCACCACUGGUCGUUUACGCGGUGACGUUCGUAUUGGGACUGACCGGAAAUUGUUUGAUGAUCGUCACCACGUUCCGGUACCGGAGGAUGCACAGCGUCACCAACGUGUUCCUCUGCAGUCUCGCUUCUUCGGACCUUCUGCUGAUUAUUAUUUGUAUUCCCGUUAAGAUAGCAAAGUUGUUCUCGUACACUUGGGACAUGGGAUAUGUUCUGUGCAAAACUGUACAUUACAUGCAAAAUGUGUCCGCCAUUUGUUCAGUAUUAACUUUGACUGCAAUUAGUAUUGAAAGAUACUACGCCAUUGUGCAUCCGAUGAGAGCGAAGUACAUCUGUACCAUAAGCCAAGCCAAGAAAAUUAUUCUCGUUAUUUGGAUAGUAUCUUUUGUUUUGGGGGAACCCACACUUCAUGCACAGAUUCUUUACCCUGUGGGCAUAAACAAAACAUUUUUUUGGUGCGUCAGAGACUGGGAUCACCUAGCGGUAUGGAAGUUCCACGAGGUCUACAUGCUAAUAAUAAUACUGAUAAUUCCAUUCUGCAUUAUGACCUUGUCGUACUCCCUGAUUUGUUGGGAAGUUUGGCAAUUGAUGGAGCGAAGAUUCGUUAUGACAAGCGAACAGGCUUUGACGAGGAAUCACACAGUCCACGGUAACUCCCGAGAGGACAGCGAAUUGGGCAACCUGAAACGUUCCUCCAAACUGAAGCACACAAGAGAUGACACUCAGAUGGUGAAGCAGGUGAUUUGCAUGUUGAUUGCGGUGGUCGUGGUUUUCGCCAUUUGUUGGACUCCUCUUCUUGUCGACAAUGUGCUGAUGGCCUUCGACAUUCUGCCGGCCUUGCGAGGUGGAUCGUUGAAGCAGAUGAACACCGCCUUUCAUCUCAUGGCCUAUUGCAACAGUUCUUUGAAUCCGAUAAUCUAUGGAUUCAUGUCGAGGAGUUUCCGGAAAGGUUUCUUAAGGACGUUGUGCUGCUCAAAGGACAACAGAUCCAAAACUAACAGUGUUACAUUGAGGCAAAACUCAAGGAAUGGAUCUCAGACUAGGUCGACGUUGAUUAGAUGAAAAAAGUGGACUGUUACUGUAUUGUAACUGAAUUAAAUAAUUAGGGAUUUUUCUGGUGAACCUAAUUUCUAUGUAGGUAGAGUACAUGUUAGUAUUUUAAUACAAUCAUCAAGAAUGUAUACGUGUCAAAUUACAAUUAUGAAUGUCCAAUUGAAUGUGAUUAUAAAUGUUUGUAUUAUAUUUUCGUGUAAGACUUUUCAAUAAACUUAUUAGUAUUGG